UUUGUGUUGUUGUUGCUGUGUACUCCAGAUUUAAAGUACAGCAGUCUACAGUUAGAUUACACAAAUAUAAAUGUCAAUCAGAAGUGAUUACACACAGCAGCAUAACAUGAAAUGUUUUUGCAUACUACGUCUUUUCAUCGUAAAUGCAGUGACCCAAUUUCAAGUUCUAAACGCUAACACUUUGAAUGAUGACGUCACAAAACUGCACUUCUUCAAUCAGAAGAAAAAUUUUAGUGAAGCGCAGCAAAUUUGUUUCAAAAAUAACUCAACACUUUUUGUCAAUAAAAGCGGGAAUCUACAAGACAUUAUAACACCUAAUAAUAUUGACAGCAAUAAAACAAGUAACAUAACGGCGAACAUUCCUAUUGGGAUGAUUAGUUAUUGGGUCGGUGCAACACGGAAGGCUAAUCAUAGCGUGUGGUACUGGUUAGAUGGAAGUACUGUUUCCACAAUGAACACAGCUCAUCAGUAUUGGCUCAAUAACACCUUUAAUGCAAACUCUACGGCGCACUUAUGUGCAAGUAUGAUGUGGAUUCACGCCAACGACACUAACGUGAAAGUACAGUUGAAUGCCGACUUGUGUUCUCUUCAUAAAUACUUCGUUUGCCAAACAGGUGAACUUGUACAGUAUACAGGUAACAAAACAGACUUUCCUCAGUCCCCCACCACAUGUAAUGAAGAAUGCUGGUAUCCUCUGUCAAUACUGUUUUGUAUAUUGCUUGUUCUAUUGAUAGCAUUGUUAAAAAACAGCGGACGACUUGAAAGUUGUUCUUAUGCACAUUUGACGAAGCUCCGAUCUGUUCGUUUGUUAUCGCAUUGGCAUAAGAACGUGCAAGAGCCCGUACCUCAACACGAGGUACCUCAAGAUUUGGUCGAAGAUACAGUUAAUGCUUAUGAAUUUGCAAUCAACGUACCGCAGAACGAAAACGCGUACGAUUUCGCCGAUGAAGUGUCACCAGCAGAAGCACAGGAGGCACCGGACAUAACGAUCACUCUCAAUGACAUACCACAGGAAUAUACAGUUGUCAGUCGACCAAAGCAGUUGGAUGUGCUUUACGCUACUGUAAAGUGAUAACUUAAACCAAUAUAUGAAGCGAACCUUUACUUCAUGCUGUUGUUCUUUACGUUUUACACAAGCUAAAUAUUAAAACCAGCCACAAAUCGAUUAAAUAUAGUAGAGUGAGGUAAGAUGGGACUAGUUUCAUUCUCUUUUCUAAGGCCAUUUGGUAGUAAAAAAAAACAUUUUUUAAAAUUGAAGAAUUUUAGAACCGUAUAUUCACAUCUUCCACAAAUCAUUGUUAAUUGUUUAAAACACGAUCAGGAUAUUUAGAUAUUAUGUGCUAAAGGUGUCCCGUCUUUCCCCCCUCUACUAUAUAUAUAUAUAACCGUAACCACGGGACUCUUAAAGAUCGAUUAGAAAAUAUCGGAUUAAGGUGGUUAUUUAGGUUGUAAUCCAUCUUAUUAUACUUCUACUUUUUAUAAAGAAUCUUUUAUAAACUAUAUAUUAUUACCUUCUCAAUAUACCAAUUGUAACCUUCA